ACUGGUGCGGGCUUAUCUUUGGGGGAGACAUGUCUCUGAGGCUGAGACACCACAGCAGAGGCAUAGUGCAGCAGGACAAUGCAAACUAUGAAGUGGGUGCAGGCGAUGCAGACUCAAGCUGCUCCUCAGGCCAGUCCACCUCCUCCAGGUCAAACAAGGGAUACAGCAGUAGGACCGGCAGCAGGGAAGACUCUCAGGGGUCAUGCACCCAGUCAGACUACAAGGAGGAGACUGACACUACUGCAAAUAGGACCCUUUCCCUCUCACCAAGCAAGAAGCCAGGUCUAAGCACGAAGACAGCGAAAGCACGAUCUCAAAACAAGGGAGGGCAGUGGUGCAAAAAGAAGAAAAACACUCUUUCAAGGAACCACAAGGCCUCUCUCUUCCCUCCAAUCAAGCCCCUGCAGGGCUCAAACCAGCGCAUCAGUUCUGCCCACAGGCACCGCAUCAAGGAACUCAACAGCCAAGUGUGGGAGCUACAGCAGCAGCUGAGUGGUGUCGCCACAGAGAACAAGUUGCUAAAGCAGCUCCAGGGCCGCCAGGCGGUGGCGCUACAGCGCUUCCAGGAUUCACAGAGUGGCCUUCCCCAGGUUCUGGCCAAGCACGGCAAUGAGGUGCACGCUCUGCAGGAGCUCCAGCGUAAAGCCCGCAACCACCGCAACUGUCUAUCCAGGCGUCUGAGGGGCACAGAGGAGGAGCUCCUGCGCACCAAGGAUGCUCUGCACCGGCUGCAGCUGCUCAACGAGGACCGCAGCCUGGAAGAGAGGGAAGAGCUGAGCCACAGGCUGGCCCUGAUCACUGUGGACCUACACAGGAAGAACAAGAGAAUACAGGACUUAGAAAGGAAUCUUGAGCUGAGCCAGAUAUCCUUCAAUCGUCAUCUUGCCACAGAAACAAGGAAGACCAAUGAGGCCAGAGAGCUGUCUGAUUACCUCCAGGCACAGAUCAAUCUGUUGACCAAAAAAAUCAAAAAAACGAUGGGUUGGGCCAGAGCCAGAACACACAUGGGUGCAAGAGAAACUAAAUCUGUUCAAACAGAUGACUUAUCCUCUCUCCCCAUCGAGGCUCCGUGUCAAUUUGAACUAGAAUAUGCCUGUUCACUCCAGCAUCUGAAGUUGGAGAAGCAGAAGAGUUUGAGCUGGGAGUCCUUUGCAAUCGACUUCCCAGACAGUGACACAGCAGGCACGUUAGUGGAUGACAGAGGAUCAUACAAUAAUGAACACUUUGCUGACGAUGGAGAGCUGCAUGGUGAUUAUGACAAAGAGGAUCCACAACUUCAGGGUGAGGAGUAUUGCCUUGCAGAGGAGGCAGCAAUUUCCCUGAAGGCUUCAGAAGGAGAGCAAACAGAGCCAUUUGAAAGCCAGGUCCGGUACACUCUGGAUGACUUUCUGAAUACAGAACGUGCCAACAAGGCCCUCGAAUCCCCUCCCAGGACCAAGCGCCUCUACACAUUCAAAGAAACCAUCCAGAACCUACACAGUGGGAAGCCUGCCUAUGCCAGCCAUAGCCACAGCCUGAGAAAGAGCCCUCCUAAAUACAUCAAGAGCCAGGCCAGGGUGGAGAACCUGGGGUCUAGGGCGUAUGAGCCCUCUGUCACUCUACCAGCAGAGAAGUGCCAAAGCCGUGACACCAUGGACCCUCAACCGGAGGAUGGCGUAGUCCGCAGCAAGAAGAGCAUCUUGAUGAAAGAGCUUUUUGGCCAGGCCCCAAUCACUGAUCCAAAUGGCCAUGCAGACAGGCAGAUCCAGAGUUCAAAGCACAGACCUGGACAGAAUGUCCUCUUGCCAUACAGGAGACACUAGCCCGGUCUCACCUGGGAGACCAAGAUAAUUUUUUAUUGACCCAAGAAGUAUACAAAAUGAUAAUCUAUUUUUAUAAUUUGCCAUGGCAACUCAACACAUUACUAAAUGGAGUAUUUGUAUUCUGACACUAUUGCUCAUGACAAAUUCCUUAACUCCCUUGAAAUCAGAUUGUAAUGAAAGCAACAUUCAAUGAAGACCAUUCCUAUGCCACAAUGGUACACUUAGUUUUUAUAAAAGCCUCUAAAAUACCCAAGAUGCUAAGAAAAACCAACACUUUAGGCAUUCAGUUUUCAAAUCCUUUAUUGUGUUGAAGUAUGCAUAUUUCUUAUGCAUACUUCAACACUUCCAAAAUCCAAACAGUAAACUUUGUAAUAUUAGUUCAGGUUUCAUUCAACAAAUGAAAAUGUGCUACAGACCAUGCCUACAAUUAGCAUGAAUAACAAUGACCAAAAUUACAUAACAAUAUGAAACAAUUGUAACACUUGCUCAACUAAUUUCAAUCAGUUGGAAUGAGAUUUAAAAUGGUCAUUAAACAUGCUCAUACAAUCAUUACGCAGUGUAGCAAUUUGUGAAAUACACUAGAUUGCCAAAAGUAUGUGGACACCUGCUCGUCGAACAUCCCAUUCCAAACUCAUGGGCAUUAAUAUGGAGUUGGACCCCCAUUUGCUGCUAUAACAGCCUCCACUCUUCUGGGAAGGUUUUCCACUAGAUGUUGGAACACUGCUGCGGGGACUUGCUUCCAUUCAACCACAAGAGCAUUAGUGAGGUUUUCCAAUUUAUCCCAAAGAUGUUCGAUGGGG